GGACCCUUGGUGAUUUUUCAAAGUAUUAUCAACUCUACUCUUUUAUAGAUGAGUGCAUCCAAACUCCAGGGAAGUGAGGUGAGAAUCGAACACUCUCUGAAUAAGAAUGAGGAGGAGUUUAUAGACAGAAGGAGAAACACUGUUCAGCAAUGCCUGCAGAACCAUGGGAUACACUGCAGUCAGGAUCAAGUGCCAAAUAUUGCAUUACUGGGUUCAGGAGGAGGAGAAAGAGCCAUGGUGGGUUUGCUGGGAUCCCUGGUUCAACUUGAAAAAGCAGGUCUUCUGGAACUUAUCCUUUAUCUGAGUGGAGUCUCUGGAUCAACCUGGUGCAUGGCCUCCUUAUAUCAGGAACCAGACUGGUCCACCAAACUGGAGGCUGUGAAAGACAAAAUCAUCAAGAGACUCAGCGGCCCUAAAGUCAGCUGGACAGAUGCAUUUGCCAAACUGAAGAAAUAUUACUAUGAGAAAGACAUCUUCAGCUUGACUGACUUCUGGGCAGCGAUGGUCGUCACGACAUUUGUGAAAGAGAUCGAUGAACACACACUCACAGAGCAGUGGAACCAGCAGAGUAAAGACCCACUUCCCAUCUACACAGUGAUCGACAAGAAAAGCAAACAGAUAAAGGAAGCAGACCCCUGGUUCGAGUUCACUCCACAUGAAGCAGGUUAUUCCCUCAUUGGAGCAUUUUUGAGAGUCUUCAACUUUGGCAGUCAGCUUGAAAACGGCUCUAUGAUAAAAAAGCAGCCUGAAAUUGACAUGCUGUACCUGCAAGGUCUGUGUGGCAGCGCUUUAGCUGAUGGAGAAGAGAUUGUGAAAGUCAUUAAAUUCAUCUGGCAACAUAUAAAAGGUUUCUUUAAGAAUUUGUUUCCUACCAUAAAAAAAAUACUUGAGGAAACAGGGAAAGAUCCAGACUCUCCACCUGCAGACAAGUUUUGCCAGGUGCUCUUGGACCUUGUGGACAUGAAUCUCUAUGUUUUGGAUGGCAAAGAUCCUUCUGCUUUUGAUGAAUCCAUCAGAACAAUGCUGAAAGAUCUCGCUGAAGGCAAAGGUCAGCUGAUUUUUCCAGUGGGCAAACUGGAUCUUGGUGAUAAAGAAGCUGCAAAACUGUAUAUGGAGCGUUACACCAUGGAUGUUUCCAAAUAUUUGAGUCUUUGGUUCAAAUUCUGGCCAUUUGUGUCAGAUGAAGCAGUGCCUGCUCCUCUACUGGAAAGUGAGACGAGAGACUUUGAAGACGCUGGACUGCUGCUCAACUCACCCUACUUCUCAGUGCUGAGAAAAGAGAGAAACAUUGACCUCAUCAUUUCCCUGGAUUUCAGUGGUGGUGAUCCUUUCAUGACAGUGAGGGAAGCUGAUGACAUGUGCAAGGAACAAAACAUCCCUUUCCCUGAAGUCAUCAUACCCCCUGGGGACUUGGAGAAACCGAAAGACUUCUAUGUGUUCAAAGGCCAAAAUGUUCCAACUGUGAUCCACAUCCCUCUCUUUAAUGUGGUCAACUGUGAAGGCAAAAUUAAGGAGUGGAGGAGCAAAUAUAAGACUUUUCAAGGUCCUUACAGUGCUGAGAUGAUCACUGAUCUUAUGGAGGUCGCUGGAAAAAACAUCACAAACAAUACAGCAAAAGUGGUGGAAGAGAUUCGUGAGAUCAUUGAGAAAAAAGCUUAA